CCGUUUUGGGUUACUGACGAAUCAUUAUAAGUAGCUGCAUCUCCCACAACAUACUCCACACUCCACCUCUACUCUCUUCUCUUCUCUUCUCGUCUCUUCUCUUCCACCCUCCCCAUUGCUUUGACGUUAAUUCCAUUUGAGGUUAGGAAUGAAAAUGAUGAACUGUUUGCAGAGCUGGCCAGAGCCAAUUGUGCGGGUGCAGUCCCUAUCUGACAGUGGCAUACAUGUCCUCCCAGACAGAUACAUCAGGCACCCAUCUGACCGCCCCUCCUUCACCCCCAUCUCCACUCACGCCAACAUUCCUGUUAUUGAUCUCCACUCUCUGUUGGCCGCCCGCGAUGCACGCCUCCGCCAGGCCACCCUCGACCGCAUAUCGGGCGCGUGCAGAGAGUGGGGUUUUUUCCAGGUGGUAAACCACGGGGUGAGACCCGAGCUUAUGAAAAGCAUACGCCAGUUGUGGCGUGACUUCUUCCACCUCCCGCUUGAGGCGAAGCAGGUGUACGCCAACUCCCCCGCCACAUAUGAAGGGUAUGGGAGCCGUCUCGGGGUGGAGAAGGGUGCGAAGCUCGACUGGAGCGACUACUUCUUUCUGAACUAUCUGCCGGAGUCUGCAAGGGAUGAGAACAAGUGGCCUACUACUCCAGAAUCCUGCAGGGAACUGGUGCACGAGUACAGCAAAGCUGUGGUUGAGCUAUGUGGAAUUUUAAUGAAGAUUUUAUCGGUGAACCUUGGACUAGAGGAGGACCAUCUCCAAAACGCAUUUGGAGGGGAUGACGUUGGGGCAUGCCUGAGGGUGAAUUACUACCCCAAGUGCCCACAACCAGACCUCACCCUCGGCAUUUCACCUCACUCUGACCCCGGUGGCAUGACCAUUCUCCUCCCCGAUGAUGACGUUUCUGGCCUCCAAGUCCGUAAAGGCGAGCACUGGGUCACUGUUGAGCCUAUUCCAGAUGCUCUCAUUGUCAACCUUGGGGAUCAGAUUCAGGUGAUAAGCAAUGCAAUUUACAAGAGCGUGGAGCAUCGGGUAAUCGUGAAUUCCAUAAAAGAGCGCGUCUCACUAGCCUACUUCUACAACCCUAAGGGCGAUUUGCUCAUUGAACCAGCUAAGAAGCUUGUGAGCAAGGAUCGACCAGCAUCAUAUUCAGCAAUGACGUUCGAUCAAUACAGGCUUUUCAUUAGGCAAAGUGGUCUUUGGGGUAAAUCACAAGUAGAAUCUCUCAAAUGUUCACAAUAGCCAAAUAUCAUCCAUGUAAAUUAUAUUAAUGUAAUUGCUGAGCCGUGGCAGUUGAAGGGUCAAAUCAAAUAGCAUCUAGUGAAAAAAAAUUCCCUCCUAAGUGAACUGCUAGUUGACAAAUUUGGUUGUGUAACUACUUCCACAUGGAACUAAUAUGAUUGGGCUCAAAUAUUUCCAUAAACAAGACAUUGAUUUGAAUCUUGCU